AUGACUGUCGCGUACGAUAUGUCGUACCGUGGGUGGCCACCAGCGACCCAGUCGACCGUAUGCCUUGAAGACAAAUUCGAAGUCAUCAAGGAUAUUGGGGAUGGCAGCUUCGGCAGUGUCGCUUUGGGAAGAGCAAGGAGCGCUGGCGCCCAUGCAGUUCGCAGAGGCACACUCGUGGCCAUCAAAACUAUGAAGAAGACAUUUGAGUCGUUCCAGCAAUGUAUGGAGCUUCGAGAGGUGAUCUUCUUGAAGUCACUGCCAAACCAUCCACAUCUGGUUCCCGCAUACGACAUCUUCCUUGAUCCGCUAAGUCGGAAGCUCCACAUUGUGAUGGAGUACAUGGACGGCAACCUGUACCAGCUGAUGAAGGCUCGUGACCACAAACCUUUGGAUGCCGGAAGCGUGAAGAGCAUACUCUUUCAGAUCAUGGGUGGCCUCGAACAUAUUCACGAGCACAACUUCUUCCACCGCGAUAUCAAACCAGAAAACAUUCUGGUGUCAACAUCUGCUCCUGAGGCUGGCAGCUCUUUCAAGCGAUACUCAGCAAUGGUCACACCACCAUCGACCCCUCCAUCGUACUCCAUCAAAAUCGCCGACUUCGGGCUUGCAAGAGAGACGCAAUCGCGUGUACCAUAUACGACAUACGUGUCAACUCGAUGGUAUAGAGCGCCUGAGGUGCUCCUAAGAGCUGGAGAAUACUCCGCUCCUGUGGACAUUUGGGCUGUAGGCGCGAUGGCAGUUGAGAUUGCAACCCUGAAGCCACUUUUCCCAGGUGGUAAUGAGGUCGACCAAGUCUGGCGAGUUUGUGAGAUCAUGGGAAGCCCAGGAAGCUGGGUGAAUAGACAAGGCGGAAGAGUUGGAGGUGGCGAGUGGAAAGAUGGCAUUAAGCUGGCACAGAAGCUCGGCUUCUCCUUCCCUAAGAUGGCGCCUCACUCACUCGACGAGCUAUUGCCUUCUCCGCAAUGGCCGGCUAGCUUAGCGAACUUCGUCACGUGGUGCUUGAUGUGGGAUCCAAAGGUGCGGCCCACGUCGCGACAGGCACUUGAGCACGAAUACUUCGCCGAUGCUCUGGACCCACUCAGGCCGAAGAGCAGCAGUACAUCUCGCAUGCUUGGCCGUAAGGCAUCGAACAUCAGCGCUGGCAUCGAUACGGCCGACAAUGGCCAUGCUCUAGCUACCAAGACAUCAUCAUGGUUUCGAAAGUCGAUGGGCACGAAGGAGGUCAUUGCGCCAGCCGUGCCGGAGCAUGUGCAAGUCACGCAGACGAAGUCUCCCAGACCUGCACCUGUACACGCAAACACGUCGGCCGAUGUUAUGGCUACCACGAACAAGUCACGCCCGAACGCGACCAAGCGUGCCACUUGGACGAAUGGUCCGAACAACAAUGCCGCUCCCAUACCCAUUCUCCCAUCGAUACGGCCCGUCUCUCCACUACCAGACUCUUCCACAGCACACGCUGAUGUGCGAAGAGCUGAGCAUCCUGAAGACAGGCCAGGCAAGAAGAUUGGCCGUCAACUCUCAGUCAACUCGCAAGGUAAUCACUACGCCGAGCUUCACAGACAGGAAGCCGAGCGUGCUCUCAACGGCGCUGGACUCAAAUCACCUACCGGUAGUCAGCGUGAAAGCUUCUUCUCUCACCUGCGCAAGCGGGCAAGGAGACUAUCGGGACGCACUCCUGGCACGAUGUCGCCCAACCCGGAAGACAUGGAGGCGAAUGCCGGCUGUGCGCCAUGGCCCACGAAUAGCAACAGGCACUCGGUACAGGAGCCGCAGUCCAUUGCUGCAGUGGCCGCCAAUCCGUCAGACGACCCGGGCUUUGCUGAACUUGACCGCGCUUUGCAGAACGUACGGUACAGCCUGGACGUUUCUGCCAACGCAGCGAGCACACCACCAAGAUACCCAACACGCGUGUCAAGUAACCCAGCACUCAAGCGACAUCACUCGUUGCCGAAUGGUGAAGGGGUUCAGGCAGCUGGGGUGAACGGCAACACCCUUGCAUCAAAUCGUGCACGCCGCUCUGUCAGGCAGCCCAACCAUCGUUACGAGACACCAGACGAGGAAGAUGAGCUUCUCGAUGAGGCAAUCACGUCGGCACACAAGGCUGCUACUCAGCUUGACAGCCAUCGUGCAACCCAUCACGCUAGCGGAUACCAACAGUACCGGCCACCAAUGCCACACAUCACUUCUGACCCUGGCUUCGCGGCGCCAUACUUGACGCCAUCACCUUCGAAAGACCACAACAAUGUAAGCUUUGGCUCGCACGACUACACGCCUACGAAGCCUGUGCCUAUACCAGCAAUGAAGACUGGCAAGCCUGUCAACGUGAACCCACAAUGGCCGACACCACCGUACGAGGAGAACGAUUGGGCAGCAGCAGCCGCAGCCAGCAUAUUCGCAACACAAGCACAAUUCCGGUAG